AUGAAGUUCUUGCCACAACUGAUGCUAUAUGCAGCCAGCAGUGCUCUGAGUAGCUUGGUUCUGUUUAUAGGGUUCCGGAUGCUUCACCCGAAUCAUGAGGCAUCCGAGAAAGUAAUGGAAGAAAAGAAGAAAAUCGUUAAAGGGCUGGAUCAUCAUCCCAUGGUUCAGACGAAUCCUUACCAGCAUUUACAUGAAGAUCGGAUUAGUGAACUUCCGGAUGAAAUCCUUAUAUGUAUCUUGUCACUUGUAACGCUUAAAGAAGCUGGCAGAACAAGCAUUUUGUCAAAGAGAUGGAAGCAUGUUUGGACUUAUGUUCCUGAUCUUGAUUUCAACGAACAUAGUAAUGUAUCAUGGGAGAAGGUAAGUUUGGAGAAUUACGUGCGUCACGCAAUAAGGGAAAGGCCCAAGUUUGUUAACUGGGUAAAGAAGGUGUUGCAGUCCCAUCAAACCUUGGUUUUGAAUAAAUUCAGAAUUUAUUGUUAUUUCAGUGGUUCCUUUCGAGAAGAAUUAGAUGAGUGGCUUCAGUUUGCCUUUGACAGGAGAGUUCAAAGGCUGGAAGUGAACCUUUCACACCAUUGCAUAGGUGAGUUCGGUGGUGAGGAUUAUGUUUUGCCUUGUGCAUAUUUUGAGCAGAGAAGUUGGAAUUCUCUCAAAGAGUUGAUUUUUACACGGGUAUAUAUCUCCGGGGGCGAACUUGAACUCCUCUUGAUGAAUUGCAAAAAUCUUGAAAGUUUGGGUGUGCAUUACGCAACAGAGUUAACAACUUUGGAAAUUAGGGGUCCAUCUCUUGCAUUACAACACUUGGAAAUUUCCUAUUGUCCCUUGGAAACCCUUACUAUAAGCAGUGUUAAUCUUAUUUCCCUUAAGAUUGAUCGGCCAGAAGCACUAGUGCUUAAGAAUGUUUCCCAGAUCACUCAUUUUGGGAUCUCCUCUACUUGUUACGUCAUUGAGGAUAUUGUUCGUCGACUUUCAUGCUGCUUUUCAAAGCUUGAGGUUCUUUCUUUAGUAAUGGGUCCUUCGGUGGUUAGAGAGCUAGGUUACCCAUUGCAAAUAAGGGCCAGCAGAGAGUCGGAGAAUGUUGUAAAUUACCCUGUUCGACAUCUUAGGGUGGUUGAGAUAUCUCAAUUUCGAGGCCGUUCAAUCGAACUCGAACUAAUCAAGUACUUCCUUGAAAAUGCAAGUUCCCUCCGAAAAUAA